AUGCACAUCUACGCGGCCUACUACACUGCCGGCCCGGCCGGCUCCAUGAAGCUGCACGUACACGCGGUGGGCCAACCACUGCCGUCGAGCGCCGCGCCCCUCACCGUCAGCGUGCGCAACAGCAAGGGCGGCUACACUCUCAUGUUGCCGCCGAGCGAGUCGGACCGGCGCGGCACCGAGGCCUCGCCCGCCAUGAGCGUGUCGCGCAUCCUGUGCCCGUCGUCCCUGGCGCGCGAUGCGUGCUUCGUGACGGUGGGGGCGGGCGGUGGGCUCGGCCGUGGCGCCAGCAUCUACAGCUACAAGCUUAAGCUGUCGGUGCUCAACGAGUCGACGUGGUUCCUGAAGGAGGGUGCACCGCCGCGCGCGAUCGUGGUCACGCCAACCACGCCGUCUGUGUUCCAGUACCGCUGGCCGGACGACCCGCACGUGCGCGCCGUGCGCAUGCUGGCCGGGGCGCGCUACCUGACCUUCACCGCCUGCGGUUCGACCAUCGUGCACCGCGACGAGCUGCCGGACGGCUUCUUCGUGUCGACGCUGGUGCACGAGAACGACGAAGCCUGCUACCCGGACGGCGAUCGCAACGCGACCGGCGACCGGCGCAAGCUCGUCCGCUUGUUGGUGACGGAGCACCACGCCGACUUCUCGUACGCCGCGGCACCGGUGCUGCUGGCCGUCGCGUUCGUGCUGAUCGGCGGCAUGAGCUUCUUGCUGCGAUCGCGCUACGCGGACUGGAUUGUGCGCUCGCAGCUCGAGGCAGUGAAGGGGGCCGAGGCCAGCGACGCGGCGGAAGGCGUCGCCGGUGAGUGGAUGGUCCACGAGGAAGACCGUCCGGCGGCGACGCGCGGCAGUCUGCUCAGUCCCGCCAGCGUGCUCUUCACGUGCGCCCUGCUCAUCGUGGCGUUCGGCGUCAACAGCGUGUACAUGGACCUGGCGUCAGAGCGCCGCUCUGGCAACAUGGACGCCUGCUACCGCAACGACCUGUGCAGCCACGACGUCGGAGACCUGCCCGACCUCAACCACGUGAUCUCCAACGUGCCGUACGUGGGCGCCGGCGUGGGCUUCCUGCUGGCGGUGGGCGCGCAGCACCAUGUCCGCAACUCGGACAUCGACUUCUUCUUCAUCUACUACUUGUACUGCGCGCUGGGCGCCAAGGUGUUCCAGACGCGGCGCGGGGUGACCAAUCGCUUCCACUACACGCCGGCUCUGCUGGUGGCCGCCAUCACGCUGCUCGGCUCCCUCCAGUACCUGGCCGGCCGCUCCUACGCCUGGUGGGUGGUCGUCGUGCUGGUACACAUGACCGGCAGCACACUCUGGGCCGUCCAGAUGUACCUGCGCGGCGACGUCGGCUGCUUCCUGCCGGUGUGCAGGCGCACCACCGCCGACCAACGCACGCGCCGCAUCGCAAUCGUGAACCUGCUGAUGAACCUGACGCUGGCCAUCGUAGGACUGGUGGCGCCCAGCGCUUUCAGCGACUUUAGUAUGUACGCGCUGCUCUUCUUCACGCUCAACUCGGGCCUCUACAUCGCCUACUACUUCGGGAUGAAGAAGCUGCGCUACCGUGAGAGCCCCUCUCGCCUUUCCGUGGCCUUCUUGCUGAUGGGUCUGGCCGCCGUCGUGCCGGCACUAGUCGUCUUCGUCUUUUACAACCCGUACAACACCGAGGAGUCGGCCGCGCUGUCGCGCACCGCCAACGCGCACUGCGUGCACUUCGGCUUCUUUGACGCGCACGACGUGUGGCACUUCCUGUCGGCGACGGCGCUGUUCUUCCUGCUGAUGGGCAUCCUGACCCUGGACGACGACCUGCUCGCCACGCCUCGCAACAAGAUCCCCGUGUUCUGA